GGCUAAAGAGCCCAGCAUAGAUGGAUAUAUAGAUCGUCUACACUCUACAAAAUAAGCCCGGCUAGCUACUUGCUCUAGAGCUAGCAAAGGACAAAGGAAGGAGAUCCAUCUCUCUAAUUGAUUCGUUCUAGGUGCAGCUCGAGCAAGCAAACCAUGCAACCCAUGGAGGGGGUUCUGGUUGCUCUGGCAUCCUACGGCGCCACCAUGCUCACCGAGAUGGCCAAAGAUAAGGUGGCCAUGCUAACCAGGGUCUCUGGCGAGAUCGACGACCCUGGCACCAAGCUCAGGGACCUUAAGAACAUCCUUGCCGAUGCUAAUAGGAGGAAUAUCACCAACGAGAGCAUGCGGGCGUGGGUGGAGGAACUGAAGCGUGCCGUGCACGACGUCGUCACUGACAUCCUCGACCGGUGUCGGCUCAAGGUCAUGGAAUAGGAUCCAUCCAAGGGCAUGCUGUUUAAUUUGCACGAUGAAUCCCCUGCACGCAUCACCAAAUUUGUAGGAAGUGAACCACUCCUUGUUAGGCGAUGUAAGAGCAUCUACAACCACACAUAGCAAAUUUGAGUCGUCCCCGGAUGGUGACCGAUCAUCCCUCA